AUUUGACCAGACUUGCGAGCCCUGCAUCGCGGUCGUAGAGAGGGCAAUUCAGUGACGUCUUGCUACCUCGACUGGUCACUCGGCGUUCCUCGUGCAUCGGCCAUUCAAUCGCUACCCGCCCCAGCCGUCGCCCCCUUUAUUCCGCAUUCUCUCUGCGAGGCUUUCGGUGGCUUGCAAGAGAAAACGGGGAGACCUUGGAGAAACAGACGGUUACCUAGGCGUCGGGCUCCCUCAACUAGGCAACACCACUCCCGACCGACCGUCGAUUCGCGUCUUCACCCGAGACGGAGCCUCGCCUCUGCCAUCGUCCCAUUGUCGAGAACACGACAAUACCGCCGACGCACCUCUCCUGCCGCACUCCUUCCUGGCACACGCGUCACUCUCAUUUCACGACCGCUGAACCGAGCCGUUUUUUUUUUUUGUCGUCGUCUUGCUUCGCUCCCACAGUCGUUAAUUUUGUAGGCGUUUCCGCGUCCGGCAGCGGGCCACGUCUCCCCGUUCAGCAUGGCGUCCUCAUCUUCCAACGUCGUCGGCGUGCACUACCGCGUCGGCAAGAAGAUUGGCGAGGGCUCAUUCGGUGUCAUCUUUGAGGGCACAAACCUGCUCAACAACCAGCAGGUGGCCAUCAAGUUUGAGCCAAGGAAGAGCGAUGCUCCUCAGCUUCGCGACGAGUACCGGACGUACAAGAUAUUGGUUGGCUGCCCCGGCAUCCCUAAUGUCUACUACUUUGGCCAGGAGGGUCUGCACAACAUACUGGUCAUCGACCUGCUUGGCCCGUCUCUGGAAGACCUCUUCGACCACUGCAACCGCCGAUUCACCAUCAAGACCGUUGUCAUGGUUGCCAAGCAGAUGCUGUCCCGUGUCCAGACGAUUCACGAGAAGAACUUAAUCUACCGCGAUAUCAAGCCCGACAACUUUCUCAUCGGACGGCCCGGCACUAAGACGGCCAAUGUUAUCCACGUUGUCGACUUUGGCAUGGCCAAACAGUACCGCGACCCGAAGACGAAGCAGCACAUUCCUUACCGGGAGCGUAAGUCUCUAUCCGGCACCGCCAGGUACAUGAGCAUCAACACCCAUCUUGGCCGCGAACAAUCCCGACGAGACGAUCUCGAGGCACUGGGCCAUGUGUUUAUGUACUUCCUCCGAGGCGGCCUUCCCUGGCAGGGUCUGAAGGCGGCCACCAACAAGCAAAAGUACGAGAAGAUCGGCGAGAAGAAGCAGACCACUGUCAUCAAGGAUCUCUGCGAAGGCUUCCCCGUGCAAUUUGAGAAGUAUCUCACGUACGUUCGCAACCUUGGUUUCGAGGACACGCCUGACUACGACUACCUGCGAGAGCUCUUCACGCAGGCGCUCAAGGAGGCGGGUGGAGUGGAGGAUGGCGAGUACGAUUGGAUGAAGGUUGGCAAGGACAAGAAGAGCGAUUGGGACAGGCAAGCGAUGCACAACCCCAACGCUCGUCCUGGAGCCUCCAACAUGGAGAUUCACGCAAACUCGCGCAACGGCGGCGGUACCCACGGAACCGACCCUCGCGCACGCCUCACGGUCGACCGUUUAAACGCCGCGCAACCCCCGCCUCCUUCACCAAUCAAGCAGAAUCCUGGGAAAGGUCGGCAAAACGCCCCCGCCGCGAUCAUGGCCCAGAGGGGGAGCGGAGCAGGGGGUCUCCGGGAUAUGGCUACGCCAGCAGGCUCGACUCAGGCGCAGUUCCAGAACAGCACACAGAACCUACCGCAGAGGCCGAUGCACCAGCAGCAGCACAACAUGACGCCGCCACAGGCCUCUAACAGCCGCCCUGCCGAGCAACAACCGACGGGCUUCCAGAAGUUCAUGAAGACCAUCUGCUGUGGCUAGACGCGUCCUCUGCGUCUUGUUGAGCACCCGUACGGCCCGGCUUUCCAUCUUCUCAUUUUCUUCUUCAUCGCCCAGCCGGGGAGGCAAUCGUUCCACAGGGGAGCCUCGCUGUUGCUUGGUAGUGCGCUUCUCUGCUCUUGGGAGCGGGCAGCUAGACCACCCGGAACCUGUCCCCAUUGUGCAUGUUUUCCUUCACCGUCUUGUCCUGCUCGCUAGGCUCCCCCGUUUCGAUACAACGGUCACACACAUCUGUCCGCCCUUCAUCCUGCUGCCCCGUACAGCCCGAGCACUCGUCGCCAACCCACAUCUGCCACACCAUCGAGACAGCGAAUCCCCUUUCGUGGCCCGUUGCCCCUCUCGCCCCAUCUUGUCGAAUCAUCGUGGAGAUGUUUUGGCAUACACCUGGCCUGGGCCUCUUUGCCGGACUCUGUCCCUUUCUAAUCGCGGCACACGGGAAGGAAGGACAAGGACGGCUGCCUUUUCUUGUGGCUCGUUAUGGUGCCACCGAGGUCACACCAUCUGCGCCGUGACUCGCGGCCAAGUGUAUCCACAGAAAUGUCGGGCACCCCAUGGUCGUUCCUUUUUCAUGCCCCUCGGCCAUGACCCGAGAUCAGCCAUACAUGAACCUGCUUAAUCAUUUUGUUGCGCGCAACACGAGCAUGGCGCUGGUGACCUUUUUUUCUUUCUUUUUUCUCUCUUCUUAAUGUCCUGUUUAUUCUUUCAUCUUGCUUCUCGCUCACUGAACGCUUUGUCUGCAUUGGGUCUUGCGGCUCUCCUUCCCUUUUCCUCUUCCUUGUUCAUAAUACGUAUAGCCAGAUGUUGGAGAGAACGGUUGGUUUGUUUUGGAGCGGAGCGCGAGGCUCCUGUCGGCCAUGUGAAGCCAGCAACCCAUUCGUCGGUUGGUGACGUCUCGCGAAUGUUUUGAUUUCUUGUGUGAGAUGAGGCAAACGAUAGAGCUCAAGCAAGCUAUCAGCGCGCGUAGGGGACUUUCCAAGUUUGUUGAUAGAUUGAGGUAAUGAUGAACACACUCAAAAAAACGGCCUCAUAGACACUUGUAAUACGACUCAUGUCAUGAUCCUGUCCUCGAUUCUCGACUCCUGUCCCUUGUCUACGCAUUUGAAUUAGCACACACCCUCUUCUGAAU